UACAAGUGAACACAGCUGACAACAGGCAACAAUGGCUUAUUCAACAAAAACCGAAAUUUAUCAAAAAAUUAAAAAACCUCUUUUGGAACGUCAACGACGUGCUCGUAUAAACAAGUGUCUAGAUGCCAUCAAACGACUAGUGGUUGAGUUGCAAGGAGACGAAAAUAUCUUACGUAUGGAUAAAGCAGAAAUGCUGGAAUCAACAAUUACCUUUUUAAGAUCACGUAAAAUUAAACAGACGAAGUGUUCGUCACAUGUUGCUCCUGCUGUUAAUACUUUUCGCAAUGGCUACAUAAAUGCUGUUAAUGAAGUAUCACGUUUAUUGGCCUCUACGCCCGGCGUCAGUGUCGAUAUGGGCAAAUCAGUAAUGACUCAUUUGGGUCGAUCCUAUAAUCGCUUACAACAACAAUACCAUCAUCAACAGAAAGAGACGCUCACAAUUCAAUGUCCACAUAGUCCUGCCUCUUCCGGUUACCACAGCGACAAUACUCAAAGUCCACUUGCAACGCCUACGCCUGCAUUUAAACUCUGGAGACCGUGGUAAAAACUAUUAAUGGAAACGAUACGUGGACUUUAAAAAGAUAAGCAAAUAGUGUACCUUAACUGUGAUAAAAUUUAUUGUGAUAAUUAUACGUAUAGCACAAUUCUCAAAAUAUUAGCUCUUCCACUACUAUUAACCAG